UUAGACGGAAGAAGGGUAAAGUUCGAAUCCCUUUGGUAGCAGCGAAGGAGCUACGAGAAGAUUGUUGAAUCGCGAAAAUGGCAAGCUCUCUCCGGCGGCUUGCGAGCAAUUCUGGGAAAGCCUAUAGGUCGGCUCUGACUCCGUUCUCGAGAACGUUCGCUACCGAUGACGCUUUGGUGGAAGUCAAGCCGGGAGAGGUCGGAAUUGUUUCCGGCAUCCCACAGGAGCAUCUCCGGCGACGGGUUCUGAUUUUCUCUCCUGCUCGAACGGCCUCUCAACAAGGAUCUGGGAAGGUUGGAAGAUGGAAGAUUAAUUUUUUAUCCACACAGAAGUGGGAAAAUCCAUUGAUGGGUUGGACGUCCACUGGUGACCCAUAUGCACAUGUUGGUGAUUCUGCAUUGAGUUUUGACAGUCAAGAAGCUGCAAUAGCAUUUGCAGAGAGGCAUGGUUGGGAGUACACGGUCAAGAAGCAGCAAACACCAUUGUUGAAGGUGAAGGCGUACGCAGACAACUUCAAAUGGAAGGGUCCUCCUAUGGAGCAGAACUAGUUCAAGUUUCUUUACCAUUAAUUCUAUCUGGACAUCGCGGCGAGGAAAUGAAGGCGGGCAAGAGUUUGACAUCCCCUCUUGUAUAUCCUUCCAAACUAUUAUCCUCUGCUCAAAUCGACAUCGAGGGCACAGAGCUAUCAAUAAAUUAGAAAAUUACUCUCUUGUUUUCAUGUUGCUGUUAACUUUUGUGUGUGAUAAAAGCCCAGAAAUUAAUGGCAUAUUUCUGCUAUGUCCCUUUCAAUGAUUUCACCUCAUUUUGUGUGUUAUUUGUUUAUACUUA